AAUUUUUCAUGUGUCUCACGUGUUGAGUUAUUGGGAGACUUGUAGCCUGUAGGUGUUCUUUUAAAGCUAUAAAACAAUGGUAUCAGGACUAGAAUGUUAAUGCUACUGAAAAAUGGGAAGCAAACAGACUCCCCAUCUUCUCUUCCUCUUUCUUUUCCUAUUUUUCUUGAUCUUUGCUGCACUAUCAUCCCAAGUUUCAGCUUUUACUACUGAUUUUCCAAUAUUAGACAGGCCAAAUGAGUUCAUAUCAGAAGAAAGAAUUUUCCAACUUUUCCAAGAAUGGAAACAGAAGCAUGGGAAAGUUUACAAUAAUGAGAAAGAGCAAGAAAGGAGGUUGGAGAAUUUUAGAAGGAAUGUGAAGUAUAUAGUGGAAAAGAAUUCCAAGAGGAACUCAGAUUCAGAUCAUUUGGUUGGUUUGACUAAAUUUGCUGAUAUGAGCAAUGAGGAAUUUAGACAAGUUCAUAUUUCCAAGAUAAAGAUACCCUUUAAUAAGAGAAAGACUAUUCAGAUGAAGAAUGUGGAAAAAAAACCAACUUCAAUUUCAUGUGAUGCUCCUCCUUCAAGGGAUUGGAGGAAACAUGGGGCUGUCACUAAGGUCAAGGACCAAGGACAAUGUGGAGCUUGCUGGGCAUUCUCGGCGUGUGGAGCUAUAGAGGGAAUAAAUGCAAUAGUCGCUGGCGAACUUAUUAGCCUUUCUGAACAACAACUUAUUGAGUGUGAUAGUUCAUGCAAUAAGGGCUGUGAAGGUGGACUUAUGGACCCUGCUUUUGAAUGGGUGAUCAACAACGGUGGCAUUGAUUCAGAAGCCGAUUAUCCAUACAUUGCCUAUUCUCAAGGCUUUUGCAAUUAUAACAAGGUGAACCAUACGGUUUUAACAAUUGAUGGAUACCAAGAUGUUCAACAGGAGGAAAAUGCCCUUCUUUGUGCUGUUUCUCAACAACCUGUUAGUGUGGGCAUCGACGGAAGCAGCCCUGAUUUUCAACUAUAUAGAGGGGGAAUCUAUGAUGGAGAAUGCUCUAGUGAUCCAGAUAACUUAUCCCAUGCAGUACUGAUAGUAGGAUAUGGUUCUUAUGGAUAUGAUGACUAUUGGAUUAUCAAGAACUCAUGGGGUACAUAUUGGGGAAUGGAGGGGUAUGGAUAUAUAAGAAGGAACACAGAUUUGCCAUAUGGCGUUUGUGCCAUUAAUUCACUGGCUUCUUAUCCAACGAAAGAGUCGUCUUCAGCGCCAUCUCCUUAUCCAUCACCUGCCGUUCCACCACCUCCCCCACCAUCCCCUCCACCCCCUCCACCACCUUCUCCAAAACCAAGUGAAUGUGGAGACUUGUAUUACUGUCCAGAAGACCAAACAUGCUGCUGUGAGUUGUACAUCUUUGGCCUAUGCUUCAUUCAGGGUUGCUGUCCUUAUGAAAAUGGUGUUUGCUGUCAUGGAUCAGCCUAUUGCUGCCCAACUGAAUAUCCCAUUUGUGAUGUUUAUGAAGGCCUCUGCCUCAAGGAUUACGGAGGCAAAGUAGGAGUGGAAGCAAGGAAGAGAAGAAUGGCCAAGUUCAAGUUACCAUGGAGAACUAACACUGAAGCAACAAAGGAGAUGGACCAAACUCUCAAAUGGAAGAGAAAUCAUGUUGCUGCAAUGCGUUGAAACAAACACUUGUCCAGGAUUUGCAAUUAUGCAUUGGAAUAAAUACAUCUUUGAGUGAUGAUGUUUGCAGAAAGCCUGCUCACUCUUUUCUAGGGAUGAGUUUCAUUUUGUUAUAAUUUGAAUGGGCAAAGAUUUAUGAAUAUAAAUAUUCAAAACUUGUGAUCUUAAAUUAAAUCUGUGUAUAACAUGUCAAAUCAGGGUCAUCUCAACAAGAUUGGAGGGGUCUAAAGCCAAACUUCAGAGGGAGGCCCUAAUUUUAUUUUAUUUUUAAAGAGAAAGAUCGAUAUAUAUAUUUUAUUUAAAGUCUA